UCGUUUUGGGUACGUAAAAUCGCCCGCGGCUAUUUAUGUACGAAAACGUUACCUCGUUGUCAAGGCUUUAAUAGAAGUAUAUUGUCAUACUUUUGUGUCAAAUAUUAUAGAUAAAUGAAUAAUAAACCUAAAUCAAUGGCUAAAUAUAUCGAUAUAGGCCAGAAAUUAACUUUAAACAGCAGUGUCUGAGAGCAAGAUUUGCUAUAUAAACAGCAGCCAUUUGUAAAAUAGAGUGGCUUCCCCCUGAAUCUGGCGCUAAAAGCUUAUAAAAAUAAAACUUAGACAAGAUGGCUGCUAUAGUAAAUGAGCAUGGUUGCAUCUGUUGGAAACAUCGCUAGUCUUCAUUUAUUACGGAAAAGUUUUAAUUCAAUUGUUUAAAAACAGAUUUAAAGUAAGAUGUUGAAGCAAGAAAAAAUAAGGCUGACCACUUUCACAAAGUAUCCUCCAAAAGCUCCACACUAUGCCCACUCACUAGCAGCUCAGGGAUUUUUUUAUUCAGGGAGUGGUAGAGAAGAUGAUAACGCUGUUACCUGUUUCUUUUGUGGGGCCUCCUAUAACUUCAAGUGCUCUGAUUCAGUUGAUAUCGUCCACAAGAAAUUAUGCUCAAAAUGCCCCAUGGUUACUGGUCUUGGCUGUGAGAACAUUCCAGUAGCUGUUCCCAAGGCCAGUUUUGUCCAACUAUUUAUACAGCUAGCCUCAUACAGAUCUGUACAAAAUAAUGUAAAUAAUCAGGUUGAUACAGACUCUGAACAGUUUUCUAACCAUUCACAGAGUGCUACACAUGUAAAUAUUCAGCAGGUUCGGGUAGGAGAACCUAAUGUCACAUCACAGUCCCAAAGUGUGCCUGUAUUUUCAUCUCAAGUGUCAGACGUAGCUGCUUCAUCUUUGCUAAUACCAUCAAACAUUGAGUACACAGAUUCUAGUCUGGUCACUUCAUCAUCAUCUAAUGCAGUUCAGUCUUCACAUCAAGAGAGAUCUGAAUGGCAACAAAACACAUCCAUAGCUGCUUCACCUUCAGAAACAACAAACUUAACAAAUGUGUCAUUAUUAACUGGAAGUGCUGCACCCAUUUCUGGUCAGUCUUCCAUAGAGUCAUCUCCAGAACAACCAACUGUCACUACCGUCCUUAAUUUAAACAAUGCUUCGCCUGAUGAGACAGACUCAGUCACAUCAGGAUCAGCCCAGGCUACUCAGCGAUUGGAUAGAUCAAGUAACAGGUUAGCUGAGAGCAACCAGCAAUUGGGUCCUGUAGCAGCCAGUGCUCGCACAGCAUCCAAACCCACAUAUGUUGAGUUGGGCAUCAUCACAGAAAGGCCAAAGCGCAGUGAAUAUGCCCUUCGGAUUAAACGAGUUGAGACUUACAGCGGGUGGCCUAGAGAACAUCAUCUGACUCCUAAUGAACUUGCAGAGGCUGGAUUUUUUUAUGCUGGUUAUGGUGACUGUGCCCGAUGCUUCUUCUGUGGUGGGGGACUGAGGAACUGGGAAGACGAGGACAAUGUACUGGUAGAGCAUGCCAGAUGGUUCCCUAAGUGUGCAUUCAUACGUCAACAGAUGGGGCAAGCCUUUAUAGAUGCAGUUCAGGACCUGAACAAAGAUAAUGACCUGAUAUCCUAUCAGAUGGUGCUGGAGAAAAUAAAGUGUUCUGGUUGUGACUUUAAUCUUGAAACAAGAGACAAUCCCCUACAGAGAGAUCCAGCUGUUAAAACAGUUCUUGAUCUUGGAUUCUCUAUGAUAGAUGUACUAGGACAGGCAACUCUAGUCAGAGAAGACAGUGGUACAUUAUCAGCUGAUGUUCUCCUGGAGAAAUUGGUUGAAAUGAAAAGGCCUAGAGCAAGAACUAGCAAUCUUCGCACAGAGACAGAUGAACUAACCAUUGAUAUUCCACAAUCUCUAGAACUAAUGAGAAGAAUAAAAGAACAGAACAACCAACUACGCCAGCAGACAGUGUGUAAGAUCUGUAUGGACAAGGAGGUGGCUGUCGUCUUUCUGCCCUGUGGUCAUCUGGUGUCCUGUGGGGACUGUUCUAUCGCUAUGAAAGAUUGUCCAGUUUGCAGGCACAAUGUCAAGGGUAUAGUCAGAGCCUUCAUGAGUUAAACACCUGUGAAGCAGGACAAUAAUCAUUCCAAACUACGCAGGUGUUGCCAGUAUGAAUUCACUUUAAUAGGAUUUCCAUUUGACAACACUAAUGCAGUCACAGUGUUGUGACUGCCCCUUUAGUCUUCUAGAAACACUUUAGUCACAUUUCCUCAGGGUUAACCUUCAAACUUAUUCCAUAAUUUUCUUAGUUUGUAUAAUAUGUAAAUUAUAGUAUGCCGAAUAAAAUACAGCGUAACUGAUAUUAUUUAUUGUGUACAAGUUUGCUACAAAAGUAUUUUUUAUAUAAAAAUAUUCUACAGGGUGUAUUGCUACUGUAGUACAAUUGUGAAUCACAUGUUGAACUACUUAUAUUUCAACAAAACCUGUGCUUGUUUUUGAGGAAAUUGUAGCUUUGUAUAGUUCACUUUUUGGCAGAGAAAAUGAUAAAACAUGCCCAAUGGCCUGUUGUAUUUUUUUUUUUUUUUUAACAAAAUUAUUAAAUUUUAAUAUUCUGUUUUUAAGACACUACAUUUAAAAAAUUAUUUUUCUUUACUGCAAUAUUUAAAAAGUUCCAUUAUUUACGUUGUUAUUAAAUUGCUAAAAUAAAUAGUAAACUU